AUUUAAUUCGACGCGAGCGCACGUUAAACCGCGUGAAUGCAAUCGAAAAAUCGAAACGAGUUGUGUAGUGUUUUUGUCCUAAGAAGACGACAUCGUCAAUGAGACGAAUGGCAUGAAUAUUCAUUCUGUCUGUCAUUUCACACAUUUUUACCCGUCGCUUUGUGCAUUUCAUUCUCCGUUUGUUUCUCGGAUUUAUUCAAUAACAACAAUGCCGAAUGUACGUUGAGUUCGAUUGGAAUGAGAAAACAAAGUAAAUAGCCACAACGGCAACAGCAACAACAACAAUAGUAAUAACAAAUAACGCAACGUGGGGUUCUCUACUACGAAUAAUAAAGAAAAAAAUACCAACAACAAUAAUAACAAAACCCCCAUCAAAAAUGAGUGCGUGUGUGUGCGUAAUGGGGAGUAGUGAAAAAUCAAAAAAAAAAAAAAAAAUAACCGCCAAAAAUAAAAUGCAAAAGUGAUUGGGAGUUAGAUAAGAAAUCCAUCCCUAGAUAAAGAAAUAUAUUCAAAUUGAGAAAAACUAAAGUAUGGUGGCAAAAAUAAAAAAUAGAAAAAAAAAAUAAAGCAGUGCAAGAGAUAAAAUUAAUUGUUAAGUAAGCAAUUGAAAAAGAUAAAAAUUCUCACAAACAAUAAAAAUAAAGAAAUGUUUAUCUAAAAAGAAAAACAAAACGCCAAAUAUAACGAUACAGUAAAAAGAAACCAAACAAAAAAAAUUGUGGUGGCGAAAAAAAAGAAUAAAUAAAUGUUACUUCCUUCCAUGAAAUACUAACAAAAAAUGCUCUCAUAAAAACUGCAAGUUUUUAAGAUUUUUAAUUUCGAAUAAUGUUCUAAUCUGGUCUGCACACAUGCCGCAUGUGUCCAGAAAAUGUGUAAUGGCAAUGGAAAUAUAAAAUUUGGUGGGGUAAACGAAAAAAAUAUAACCGAUCGACCCUUAGAGGUGGCCACCAAAAACCUUAAAAAUAUUUAAAAUCUUAAAAAUGAAUCAACGAAGAGCGUUAAAUGGAAUAUGAAAAAAUCAGCAAACAACGAAGUUUAAAUUAAAGCAGACCGUUAACAUUUUUCAAAGAAUAUUCAUUGAAACGGAAACCACAAUCGCUGAAGUUUUUUUCUUGACGUGCUUCCACUUCAAUUCUUUUUGAAAAUCCAUAAUAUUUGGUAUUUGUGAAAAAAAUCUGGCCUCCCUUUUUUGACUUCGAGUUGGCUGAAAAGAAAAGAAACGAAAAAAAACUAAAAAAACGCCAACUGGAAUUCUCAACAAACCAACCCAGCCAGUCAGCCAGCCAACAAUCAACGACCGCUUCAACGACGACUACAAAAUAAAGUUAUUUAUUGUCUAAUUCCAUAAACAAACGACCCAAAGACCAAAACCCCACCAAGCACAGUCUCUUUGGUCUGUUAUUUUUUGUGGGUCUGUCUCCGCAUUUUUUCAGUUUUUGUUGUGUUUUGUUUUUGGAUGCCAAAACCAAACCCAAACCCCCACUAAAAACUGUAAAGAACACCGAAAAAAUUGAAACAUGUCGUCUACCAUGGCUACAGCGACAGGCGCAGCAACAGCUCCAUCACCGACAACAACAGCAACUUCGGCGGCAACACGCACUUCGGAUUGUCGUAAAUUUUCACCAAAUAUUUUCAACAAAAGCAAAUGCAGCCAUUGUUUUCGUCAGCGUGAAGAGCACAGUGCUGCAGCUUUGGAAUGCAAUCGGCCACUGGUGAUAAUCAAGCCUGCUUCCCGCAAGGUUUCGAAAUGUGGAUAUUUAUUUGUAGCACCAGAUUGGGACUUUAGCAAUCCUCUUUAUAGAACAAAGAGAUGGCAAAGAAGAUGGUUUGUGCUCUAUGAUGACGGUGAGCUCACAUAUUCAGUGGAUGAACAUCCCGAAACUGUUCCACAGGCCUGCAUUGAUAUGACUAAAGUGCUCGAAGUUACCACAGCUGAAGAUAUUACAGGUCAUACGAAUUCCAUUGCCAUAACAGCCCCCGAUCGUGUUACAUUCGUCAAAGGUACCUGUUCCGAAGAGUCAAAAUGGUGGCUUAACAUUUUAAUUGCCUUUCCCAAGUCAAAGGGGCGCCACAAACGCAAUGCCACCUUCCCAGGGGCCCAAUCAACCUCCACCAUACUGCAGUCAAGUAACUCGGAUGCAGCCACAGCAGCUGUGGUUCGCAAUCGUCAUAAUUCCUAUCAUAAGGAUAUUCUAACGUCUACUCAGUCUACGGGAGUUUUGUCGACAACUACCGUUUCCUCCAAAUUAAACUCAUCAACGACGGCGGCAUCGUUGUCCAAGGCCAAUAACAACGGUAGUUCAAAAGUAUGGUCACCUAAUGAUGGUGUCGCAAAAACGCCAAACCCAUCAACUAUUACAAGCAGCAGCAACAGUGGCAAAAAGAAGAGCCCAAGUGUGGCAGGCUCAUCAAAGAUCACAAAAAACGCUGAUGGCAUUACAAACAAUCGCAAUGUUGCCAGUGAUGUUUUAGCUUCUGCGGUGGAUGGCAAUGAUGAUGAUGAUGAGAAUGAAGAGGACGAUGUCGAAGACGACGACGUUGAUGAUGAUGAGGAUGAUGGAGUCGAGACUGGGGAAGAUGAUGAGGAGGAUGUCGAUGAGGAAGAGGACGAAGAAGAAAGUGGUCAUUCCACAGGCGAAGAAUGCAAUACCAAAAAGAAAAGCUCACCAACGAAUGUCCACGAUGAAAAUAAUCGCAAUGCUGUUAAUGAAAUUAAAAGUAGAGUUUCACCACCCUGUCUGCUCAUUGAAGAUAUACGACGUGAUGAGAAAACCAUUAAGGAUUUGGCCAACACCAUCACCAAUCUCAGUCAACAGCAAAAGAAUCGUUGGACGUCGGCGGCGGUCAAUAAUGUUCUGAAUAGCAUCAAUAAUAACAAGGAUGAUAAAAAUGCACGUGAUGAACCUGAUUUCUAUAGACCAACAACGAUAAGCAAACAAAGUGCGGCCGCGAAUGGUGAUGCUGGUAACCAUCUAAGGCCGAAGUCGUUACCAUUGGCCUCCAAUUCCUCACCAGCCAUAGUCUCGGCAAUUGUCAAGAAAAUACCGCCAGUGUUGGCUACAACAGCAACAGCCUCUAAUAAAUCUAGUCUACGCUACCAUCAUCAUCAGCAGCAGCAACAACAACAACAACCUAUAUACCAAAAAAGCAAGCAACAGAAACAAGCCUUGGAACGUGGAGAUCCCGAUGGUGGCUGCAAUUUAGAUGAUCUUUCAUCCAACUAUUUGUCGAAAACAGUAGAAUUGCGUGUGAAUCCUGGACCGCCACAUUCAUCCGUUGCAUCCGCUACAUCGAACGCUAAAACACCCACCAAUACUACCUCGUCGUUGGCAGAGUCGCUGAAUGCAAAGAAAGGUUGGCUAAUGAAACAAGAUAAUCGAACUGGUGACUGGACCAAACAUUGGUUCACCUUGAGCGGUGCUGCCCUAUUCUAUUAUCGUGAUCCUGUUUCCGAAGAACGUGGGGUCUUAGAUGGAGUAUUGGAUGUUAAUAGCCUUACAAAUGUGGCCGAAGUCAAUGCCAAUAGAAAUUAUGCUUUCCAGUUAACAACAUGGGAUAAGCGGCGCCUAAUAUUGGCCAGUCUCUCGCCGAAUUCACGUAAUAGCUGGAUAGCGAUUCUUAGAAAUGCUGCAGAGCUGCCAAACUCAGCAUCAGUGAGUGCAGUCUCAACUUCCUCCAGCUCCAGUGCACCCAACAGUGCUCACACACUGGGCAACUGCGGUGGAGCCUCAAAUUUAAGUAACCAAAGCAAUUGUGCAUCAGUCUCCUUGGCCAAUGAAAAAAACAAGUCAAUACCUGCCACAACAGAGCUGAUCAUCAAAGACAAUACUAGCGAUGAUAUGAAAAGCGAAAUCGAAAAGGAUUUCAUUAAAGCUCAGCGUAUUAUGCAAAGUUAUCCCGAGUCAUCAAGCUUGGGUAGGCUGAAGAAAUUGUCUAGCGAAACUAGUCCCAAGGUGAUAAUCACCAAUGCCAGUGCUGCGCCAUCAUCCAAGUCACCCGUCUCCCUGCUCAGUCCACAAACCCCACAUACACCAAAGACUGCUUUGCACUUUUCAUCUGAUGAAGAAUAUCGCACUGCCUCCGAGGGAGGUAGGCGCGAUAGCAUUGGCGACUGGGGUUCUCCACUGUCGCCUUCUCCUCCCACCACAAUAAAUAUGUUGAGAGCCAAAGACCGAAUGCGAUCACGCACUACCACAGCCUGCCCCCGCUUGCAUAAGAGAAGUCGAUCCUCCCCGCCUUCGUCUAGACGCAGCACUGUCGACAGUGUUGGAUCUGACGAGUUACCCCUCAUACACACCGUCCACGAAGAAAUUAACCUAAAUGUGGACAAAGGGUUGCAGUUUCGUUUAAGUGUGGUCGAAAAAGAGCGUGAUAUGCUUAGAGACGAAGCCAAAGAACGAGAAACCCGAAUGUCCGAAUUACUGAAUACUCUAGAGCGAACGGAACAAGAGUUAAACAAUCGCAUUCAGGAAAUGGAAGAGGUUCGCGAAAAUCUAACCUCGCAGCUAGAGGAUGCCAAGAGAAAUGCCGCUGAGAUCAUUGAGAGAAUCACCGAGGAGUUGGAAGAAAGCCAAAGAAAAUCUAAGGACCUGGAAGGUCGUCUAGCCCAGGGUAUAGAAGAAAAUGAGAGUCUAUAUAAACGUCUACGGGAAUUAGAAAGUUGCAGUCCAGCCAGUUUUAGCAACCUACAGCGCAGCAAAAUGAAACGCAUGGAUUCCCUGAGUGACUUAACGCACAUCAAUGACAUUGAUCCCUAUGUCUUGGAAAGGGAUUCACUGGCUGAUGAGUAUAGCGAACUCAAGGGUCGAUUUGAAAAGGCCGUAAAUGAGAUUCGCGCUAUGAAAAGAGAACUCAAAGAGUCGCAAAAUCAGUAUGACACCCUGGAGAUUUCCUAUGCAUCACUCAAACAGGAUCUUGAACGCAAAGAAAUCGAAGAUCAAUCCCAGUUACAAAUGAUGGCUGAUCGCAUACAAGAUCUUACCCUGAAAUAUAGUUCGUCAGAGAGACAAGUACGUUCACUCAAACAGAAAUUAGCCAAAUCAGAACGCAGGCGCUCGCUAUCCCUGAAGGGUAAGGAACAAUUGACUGUAAGCAAAGAGUUGGAAAUUAAAUUGAAUGACUUAGAGGCCAAAAUUGAUGAAUUGGAAAAGAACCAUAGUUUCGAUUUAAAGCAACCUAUUGCGGAAAGCCAUCCUGUCACUAAAGCAACCAGCAAAAAAUCUUCUCGUCGGCGUUCCUUGGAAUCCUCUGCCUCAGAUUCUUUGCAAUUUUUGGUACGAGUUAACGAUUUGGAGAAACGCUGUGAAGGGGUCAACCCUAGUUCAAGGAGUUCAUCAUGUACCCCAACACCAACCCCCAACUCCAUUACUCCAACCCUAGAGUCACCGUCCCGCACACCGCCAAACAGCAAUUUACGCCUAUCCGAACAUUUGCUGGAGCGUCUUAAGUGUUUGGAAACUGUUCUGGUUUCUAGCAAAGACCGUCUCGAACAAAGUCUAAGUCAAUUGCAAAACUUACGUUCGUCGCGCAAUCGUCGCUCAGUUUCACCCAUUACCGACCGCAAAGAUUCCUACCGCUUUGUGGAACGUUGCCUUCAAGAUGUUGUUAAGCUCAUCAGGGACUCUACGGAGACGUGUGUCCUGCAAGGUUCCCAAGCUGAUGUAUCACAGCCACCGGUGUACGUGCUUCCCGAUUCUAGUCCAGUUAAAAAGGCCUUAACACAAUUGGAAUCUCAGCUGCGCUCCAAACUGGCCGAACUGCUCAAGCAACGUCGAAUGUUAAGAGAACGCAACGAACUGACCAAGAGAAAGGAUUUGGAACUAUUGGCGGAAAGAAUAGCCUUCGAGAGUGUUUGUUUUGGGAAACUGAGAGACUCCGUGGAAAGGGCUGAAAAUCCCGAAUUAUUCAGUGAGCGUCAGACCAGGGCAGAGGUAGCCGAAACAUCGCACUUAAUGUCAAUGCUCAAAGCAAAAUUGCAGGGCAAGUGUACGGUAAAAACUAGUGGUAGCCUGAACAUUUUGGCUGGCGUCUUGGCCCGCAGACUCUUGCUGUCUAGUUAUCAAAGGACACAUGGAUCCCCAGCGACCACUGCAGAAACUUCCAGGGAAGGCGUCAAACUGUCCAUGGAGCCAGUUGAUCAAAAUAUGUUAGACGAUCUAUUAAGACAACAAAAUGAAAUCAAUGUCAUUGCAAAACGCUAUAAAAACAAUGCCAUGGAAAAUUUGGCAGCUAGUCUUGCAGCAGAAACUUUAAGCUAUAUAUCGACAAAUGAUUUGGUACAAGGAGCGGUCCAAGAAGCCUGGCGCCAGGCCCAAGAGACGGUCAAUGCCGAACUGGUGCAAUCAGAAAUCGCACACAUAAUGAUGCGCAAUGCUGAAAGACUGGAAAGCUCCAUUACACCAUCGUUUGGCUACACCCUAACGUCAGAAGAACGGCUGUCAUUUGAGAAGUUUGCUGACGCUGUCCAUGAUGUGCUACGCAAGGAAAUGGAAGUGGCUGUGACCCAGCUCACCCAGUGCUACGAAGAAACUAUGCAGCAAAUGAAGCGCGACCAAUGGCGCAUGCAUUUGCAGCAUGAGCGCAAGAGCAGUGAGGGUAGGCAAUUACUUUCCGAGUUCGCAGACAUUGUUGCACACAAAGCUUUGAUUGAUGCCCGCAUUGAUGUUCUACGGGGCGAGUACGCCUCGCAGACCGCUGCCAAAAUUGACGAAGAGAAGGAGGUAAAAAAGCUCGGCAUCACAACCUUACAAAAAUACGAGAACCUUUUCGAAGAGCUGUCCUCCGAUCUACAAAUCACCAAUCCCAAUGACAUUCUACUCGAGGCUGACUUUGAGUUCAUGUACAAACAGCAUGCUGUUGAUUUUCUCAGCGAUCGCCAGGUGCUGUGUGACAUUUCCACCUUCCUCAGCCAGCUGGAGGACUCUUUAAUAGCCCUGCAGUGUGAGGCCACCUCCUCCAAUGAACACAUACCGCGCACCGAGAUAUCCAUCGAAUCACUACAAGAUGUUUGUCACAAAUGCUGUGAGCUACGCAAACGAGCAGAUCAAUUGUUGAAAGAAGUGCAUCGCAAACUAAAUGAUUCGUGUCAGCAUUGCCUGCAGGUGCGCGAAAAACUGCUCAGUCUAAACGGACAGCAUGAAAGUGAAAUUCUUCGCUUACAACAAUCACACGCCAAAGAUUUAGCAGCACUCAUGCAACAAGUCGAACACCAACGUACGACCAUGCGUUGUCUGGAGGCUGAGAAGAAUGCCAUUAACCAAGAUUUAAAUAAAAGCGAGGAGCUAAUGGAGGAGCGAGAACGUGAGCUGCAGACGAUAACACAAAUGCUGCAUACCAAGGAGGACGCACUGCAAACCACCCAAGGUGAGCAGCGAGAAUUAUUGAAACGACUCGAAACGGAAGAAGAAAAAGUGCGUUCAUACCAGGAGGAGAGCGAUGCCCUGACAAUGAAAUGCGCACGCCAAGACGAUGAGUACGUAAUGCUGUUGCAGGAACGCGAUUUCCUUCAAACCGAACUAGCCAAAGAGCAGGAACGCAGCAGACGUUUAGAAAAACGUGUGGAAUUGCUGGAAAUGGAACAUGGCAAACAAAUGGAAUGCCUACAACAAGCUUAUAGCGAUCAAAUGUUGACCCAUUGUCCGGACUUUUCAAAUGUCAUCGACGAAGAAAGCUUCCGUCAACGUUACCAAGGUGAAAUCGAACAAUUGAGGACACUCUGUGAAAAGGGUUUGUCAGCUAUGGAAUCGUCACAUCGACGUACUAUUAAUGAUUUGGAGGAGAAGCAUAAACAAGAAAUUGAACGUUUGCUAAUCGAAAAGGAAACAGCCUUGGCCGAAGAAACGCAGGCAACAUUAGCUGCUCUUGAUGCAAUGCGUAAGGCUCACCAAAGUGAGGUACAACGUGAAGUUGCACGCUUUAAACAAGAAUUUCUUAAGCAAUUUCAACAAAAAGGGGAACGUACUUUGGAUUCAACCAAGGCGAAGGAAGAAGAAUUGGAGGAAUUGCGUCAGGAAAUUCUAUCAUUCUCCGAAAAAUAUUCCAUCAAAUGUGUUGAAAAUGCAGCACUGGAGGAAAAAUUACGUGCUGCCAAUCAAAAGUUAAAGCAUUACCAGCAAAUGCAACAAUUGGAAUUAAGAAACAAACAAUUCCGAGCCCAUUUGGCAUCCGAGGAUCCUACCAAAGAUAUGCUAUACGUCCAAGGUUUGACGAGACAAAAAGAUGAUGGAGAUGACAAUGAUGAUGGAGCUGUGUGUCAAGAUAGUGAGCAUGUGCAUGCAACAAGGAAUUAUAAUCAAGAUGGUAGUAAGGAAACCAGGAUGCUGAAUGAACGGAAUGAAGAUGCAAACCAUUGCAAAGACAGCCGCGAACAAGUUCAUGGACAAAAUCGAACCGGCCAAUACUGGCAACAACAAAAACAGCAGCAACACGAACAGACAAAAACAAUGAGAGCCCUAGAACUAUCUCUAACAGCAUCAGCUCCAACAUCAGCACCACCUCAGCCAUUGAAGAUAAAGCAACAUCAUCAGCAAUCACAAUCUAUCAUCAUCACAGCUUCAAAUACUGCCGCUACAACCACCACCAGAACUCCGGUAAAAACAUGUUACAUUCCUGAUCGAAAAAUUCUCGUUGAUGAUCGUGUUCACAAUAGCCAUAAUGACCAUGGCAUUGAUCAUGUUGCUGCGGUAAACUACACUUCACCUUCUUGCGAUGCAACAACAUCAAUAACUAAUAACACAAAUUUGAUUACCACCACCACCAUCACUACUACUACACCGACUCCAAGCUUCACCAGCUCCAUCUGUUGUCCUGGCACCACCAGUAGAACCAACGAAGCUGCAACAACAACAGCGUCAGAAGCAAUACCACUUACUAAUGUCAUUUCUUUGCCAGUGACUUGGGCUUCUGGAUUGGUGGUUCCAAUCAAUAGCACCAACAAGAACACCAAACAAAAAUCUUCUAUAAACUUAAGUGGUGUUGUUGGCUUUGGCUCCAGUGAAAAUGACGUUGUAGCCAUUUCUGCUGGCAAUCACAACGAUAAUGAUGAUGUUGAUGCUGUCUCUGCUGCUGAGGAUGGUGGUUGCGGCAGUGGCCAUGCGGUGGCUGCUUGCGUUGCUGUUGUCGGUAGUAGAUUUUCCCAAGAUACCGAAGAUAGUUUAAACACCAAUUGUCGUUACUCCUAUGAGCCAUGUUACAAACAAACCAAUUUGUUCAACUAUCAAAAUAGGAUGUUAAACUUUGAAGGUGUAAAAACAACAUCCAAAACCACAUUUGGUAAAAGUUUGAAAACUUUGAAUAAUCAAAAGAAAAUAAACACCACUAAACAUACACGGUAUCAGAAAGCUCAUCAACAACAACAACAAAUUCAAAUACUAUCAGAAUUGUCUGCAGCAACAACCAUAAAAUCAUCAUCAUCAACAACAGCAACAACACAGACAGGAAAAGGCCAACAGUCAAGCAAUAACAAACAAUUCGCUGCACCAAAGCAACAACCGCAAAUUUAUCGUUCAAUAAAAACAUUUCAAAUUAAGGAAAAUCCAGCCAAAGCCAACGACAUUUCGGGAACAAUGGCUACUUGUGAAUUUCCCGAGGCCUCACAAGAAGAGUUAACAGCACCAAACCGAACACCGGCCACAACCACAUCAACAACAUUAAAAUCUGUACUAAACCCAGUGGAAUUACCAAAGAAUUUUAGUGCUAAUAAUACAAUUAAUUUAAAUUUAAACUAUCUCAUUAAUAUGGAACAUAAAAAGCAACUUAAUACUACUACCAGAAACACAAAUAACAGCAUCAGCAACAACAAAACUAUACCAAACACAUACAAAACCAACAACACUGCAAUCACAACCACCACUACAAUUGCAACAGCAAAGAAUGAUAUGAAACAUUUAAAAAUAGCCGAGAAAAGUGCAAUUAAUUUAAAUAGUUUUACAGACAUCAUUGAAAAGGCUACAGCAGCAGCAACAGCCGCAAUAGCGAACACAACCAACCCCAAACUAGUUGAUGAUGAUGACGAUCAGCAACUCUCCAGACCGCAGCAAACGCUAAGCCAACCUAUGCCGACAGACGGCUCAACUUCUGCAAGUAAUUAUGGACGAGUCCAUUCGGAGCAAAAACACCAGCAGCAAAACCAUUCACAGCAACAUCACCACCAUAACACUAUAUGUCAUGAUACGGAUGCGAUGGCAAUGACAACGAAACGAUCCCGUAUUAGCAGCUCGCCCCCUCCCUUAGAUGGAAGGGACGCAGAGCUCAGCACCAGCACUUAUGUCAUCAACGACAGUAACACAACAAGAACAUGCACCAUUUCAAAUCAUCAGCAACAUUUAUUAGCAUCACCAACAACAACUGCAAACACUGCACCAAAAUCGCAAAGUAAUGCAUCGAGACGUUUUGAAUUGGAAAUUUAACUCAAAACGCCAAUUUGCCGUAGAAAGCAUGAAACCAGGUGUGACAUUCCAAAGAUAUUUCUUAGAGAAGCGCAUAAUUUGGAGAUAAAGAAAACACAUUCAUUACAUGUUGUAGUAAAUAAACAAAAUUUUUAUAUUCUAAUAUUUUUUUAAGAAUCAUACGAUGAUAAUGAAAAUCAAAGCCAAAUUGAAAAUCACUUCACUUAUAAGAAGAACGAAAGUAUAGAUUUACCUAGAAGGCUCACUUGUUUGUAUUAUAAACUGAAACUCAUAAUGUGUAGUAAGACUAUGCCUUUUUUUAAAUCAACCAACAUUCUGGGAAUAUACUCUAUAUAUGCGGUUCAAGGCGCAGAAUAGUAUACUCAAGGACUCGAGGUGGUUUGUCUUAGAUGGUGUGAAAGGCAUUAGCCCGAAGUCGUUUGCGCGAACGAACCGUGCAUAGAAACAAUUUUGUCGGUAGUGCCAGGUUCGAUCAACUGGCCAAUCGAUUACAAACCAGUGUGAUUUUCGCGAAAGUCUCGCAUUUCUCAUAAACAACACUAGGUCACGACUGAGAAAACUGAUUUCCGUGGUUGUAUCGAGUUACAUUCCAUCUUCGGCCUGAUGUCCAUAGUGUAGAUAUUGAAAAAAUCAGUGGGAGUUAAACAUUUGUACAGCGCUAAAGAUGGCUAAAGCGCUUGAAUGCUAUCUUCCACACUUCGAGUACAUGUUUGCCCAGACUGCUCAAUAUCAAUAAUGUCGAUUAAUAUGGACGAUUGUAAUGAGUUAGUGAAUCGUUUGUGGGACAGUGUACAACACAGCGUCUUUCGUGCAUUAUUAUUUACUCUGUUUAUUCGUCCCCACUCAGAAAUUGCCAGCAAAUCCUAAGAAAGUAUCUUGUUCACAACUGCCUUCUGUCUUCAAUCUCCUAUUAUCGAAUGAAAAAGAAAGGCAUAGGAUGUUGUCAUCCGCAAACGACUAUGUAGGACGCAAACUUAGACUCUAUAUAUCGUCAAUGAAAAUAAAAUUCAGAUAGAGAGAAAGGACAAAGCUUAAUGCUACCGUACACUUACCAAACUGGUUCAUAGAACGACGGCAUCGUUGCCACAGUAAUACCACCAGUACAAUACCAUUAGACUCGAAGUAUCUAACAAAAUGGUGGUAAACCAUGCUCUACAUUACCUUAGAAAGCGUGGAAUAUAUAGCUACUGCUCAGUUAUUCGCGAAACUGUUCGCUCCAACUUUUUUGAGGAUGGACAGAACGUUCGCAAAGUUCCAACGCUAUGUGCAGACAUCCGCGUUGUAAGCAAAGCUAAAAAGAUUGCGACCGUCGCAGAACACUUCCAUAGGCCCAGUGACGAUAUGUCAUAUGGCCCAGGCAUUUAUUUACGUCAAGAUGCUCCAGAACCCCUCUAACUCCACGUGUUCGAAAAUAUAUCUGAGGUGUGGAACUAGAUACGUCUUCAAUAAAGGGGAGCGGUUGCAGGGAAGACAGUACACGAAAGUCUUGCCUGUUUGCGCAGCAAUUCGUUACUAGUAUUUAUGGGAUUUAAAGUCAUGUCGGGCGACCGGUUUAUAGGCGGAUUAUAUCUUCUUAUAUAUAAAACUGAAAUUGUGUUUGUUUGUGACUCAAAAACGGCUGAUCCGAUUACCUUGAAAUUUUUACAGAUUGUGUAGGUUGGUCUGGAAGAAAGUAUAGACUAUAUAAUUUUUCGUUGUCGGAAGGGAAGCGCACCCUCCUCCUUACCUUAAAAACACCACCCAAAAUCAAAAAUGGACCGAUCGAGUCUCAAAUGAAAGUUAUUGGAGAGUAGAAUACGAGUAUGGUCUUAAAAUUUGAGUCUAAAAUCCCAGCGGGCCGCCCCAACCACAAAACUCCCCCAAACAUCCAAUGAAAGGCAAAUGGGCAUAUUAGCCGACCAUGGCUAAAUAGGACUCAAAUGAUAGCAAUUCGAGAGUAGAUUAAAAAAAUGCCGUUAAAAAUUUUUGGUAAGGUGGCGCUUAACCUCCUUAAACCACCUCAAAAACGUUAUGUGACCCAUCAUGUAAUAAAGUUUUGGCGCCAAGUGAUUGUGGGUAAACCCAGCCCCAAAACGCUCUCCAAGCCUUACAUAUAUGUCGACCAUAGCAUAGCAAAUUUCACAAAUGCGAAAUGUCUACCCCAAAAAGAACCCCACGCAAAUGGAUAUAUAUGUAGAUCAAUCAUGACAAUAUAGGGCUCAAAUGAAACAGGACUUAUUUUUCGACUAUGGUAAUAUGGGGCUUAUAUAAAAAGUAUUUGAGAGUAUACCACGAAGCUUAUAUUUACUUUAAGGGUCAAGUGUCUGGAUGGACACCUCACUUCCAAAAUACACCUCAAACCGGACAUAUUUACCCACUACAAUAUAGGAAUCCAAAGAAAAGUAUAAGGGAGUAGAACAGACCUCUGCGCUUCAAUGACACGGACAUUUCACCCCACAUUCGGGGUGAAAUGUCCCCACCUUAAAACCCUACCAAAACAGGACAUUUAUAUCGACCAUUGCAAUAUAGGGCUCAAAUAAAACGUAUAUGAGUGUUAAAGGGGACACUACGGAGCAAGCUCCGUUUGUUUUCUAUAAAAUGAAAAA